ACGAUGAGUUCGUCGGAAGCUGCAACCACCGUGAGCAAGGGCGGAAGGGGAAAACCCAAGGCUUCAAAGUCCGUUUCCCGGUCCAGCAAAGCAGGUCUUCAAUUUCCCGUUGGCCGUGUCGCACGCUACCUCAAGGCCGGUCGUUAUGCCCAGCGCGUUGGGUCUGGAUCCCCUGUUUAUCUCUCUGCUGUUCUCGAAUACCUUGCUGCUGAGCUUUUGGAGCUUGCUGGGAACGCUGCGAGGGAUAACAAGAAGACGAGGAUCAUACCAAGGCACAUUCAACUUGCUGUGAGGAACGAUGAGGAACUGAGCAAGCUGAUGGGGUCUGUCACCAUUGCUAACGGUGGUGUUCUUCCCAAUAUUCACCAGAAUUUGUUGCCAAAGAAGGUCGCUAAUAAAGGGAAAGGCGAGGUUGGAUCUGCUAGCCAGGAGUUUUAGAC